GUAGUGUGAAGCGCUCACAGAGAGAAGCGCUGCAGUCCGAUGGGGCAGCGGCACAGCGCUGUCUGCACAAAUAACCAUUCAAUACAAGCGGAGCCGCGUCUCAGCUCUUCUCAACACCCGUAAACACUUAAGAAUACAACCUCGCGUUCCUCAUACAGGUUUUUACAGGAGUUUUAACAACAUCGAUGAGUCUUGGAUUUAAUAACUAAAGACGAAAUGGAUGCUUCACAGCUGUUCUUUGUGCUGCUGCUCUACGGGUAUCUCCCAAAAGUGUCCACGCUGCAGAUGUGUGACGUGGUGAACCAGAUCGAGCUGGAGAAGGAGCACUGUGAGAAUAGUACUUUCGGGAACCUCACUUCAGGUUGCCAGGGCAUGUGGGAUAUCAUUGCUUGCUGGCCUUCAGCCAGUGUGGGAGAGGUGGUGACAAUAACCUGCCCCACUUACUUCAGCUACUUCAAUGACCAGCACAGAGGUAACCUCUCCAAAACCUGCACAGCAGACGGCUGGACUGAGAUGCAUCCUUUCGACAUCGCCGUGAACUGUGGGUACAAUCUCAACGGCACUAGUGAUGAUGGCAAGUUUUUCUGGCAGGUGAAGAUCGGCUACACAAUCGGCCACAGUGUUUCCCUCAUCUCUCUCACCACAGCUAUCGUGAUCCUCUGCAUCUUCAGGAAACUUCACUGCACGAGGAACUACAUCCACAUGCAUCUGUUUGUGUCGUUCAUCCUGAAGGCCAUAGCUGUGUUCGUCAAGGAUGUCGUUCUGUACGAGGUCGGCGAGGUGGACAACUGCUCCUCGGGCUCUGUUGGCUGCAAAGUAGUAAUUGUGUUCUUCCAGUACUGUAUAAUGGCCAGUUUCUUCUGGCUGCUGGUGGAAGGGCUUUAUCUUCACGCUCUGUUGGCUGUUUCUUUCUUCUCUGAGAGGAAGUACUUCUGGGCCUACAUCUUGAUCGGCUGGGGUGGUCCCACUGUUUUCAUCACAGCUUGGAGCAUCGCCAAAGCUUAUUAUAACGACGUGGGGUGCUGGGAUAUUAUCGAGAACACUGAUGUCUUCUGGUGGAUCAUUAAAACGCCAAUUUUGGCAUCAAUCCUGAUGAACUUUAUACUGUUUAUCUGCAUUAUAAGAAUACUUCGUCAGAAAAUCAACUGUCCAGAUAUUGGAAGAAAUGAGUCCAACCAGUACUCGAGACUGGCGAAAUCAACGCUGCUUUUGAUUCCUCUGUUUGGGAUCAAUUUUAUCGUGUUUGCAUUCAUCCCCGAGCAGGUGAAGACUGAGCUACGGCUGGUUUUUGACUUGAUUCUCGGGUCAUUUCAGGGAUUUGUGGUCGCGGUCCUUUACUGCUUCCUCAACGGAGAGGUCCAAGGAGAGAUCAAGAGGAAGUGGCGGAGAUGGCACCUGCAGAGAUACAUGCGCUCGGACACCAAAUACCAGCAUCCGUCCAUCGGCAGCAGCAACAACUUCAGCACCCAGAUAACCAUGCUGACGCGCUGCAGCCCCAAAACACGCCGCUGCUCAUCCUCAUGUCACGACGACCUCUCCAGCAUAUAAAAACACACCGUGAUUAGGACAUACCCGCUCUCAUGCCAGACUAUAAGUGGAAAAUAUGAAGCAUACUUAGGCUUAAGGACAUAAAACACACACACACUCACACACACUCACACACACUCCAUUAUCAGCAGGUUAUCAUGCUCUUGAAUCAUG